CCCCUGUCAAACAACAGGUUGUCCCAAAACUAUAAAAACACACAUUCUGCGUUUCGGAAAUAAAACUGUUUAGAAAUAUUGAAAACUGUCUCAAGAAGAUUUUGAAUUUCAAAACCAAACAUGCCAGCUGGGGAAUUCUAUUCAGUGAAUGCAGUCAGAGGGACUCCCAAAAAGGAAAGUAUUACUUGCAGAAAUAAGCCAAAGGAAUUCCAGCUGGUCAGAGUAAAAGAUACAUGGAAACGUGUUGAGAGUGGUCAUGAAAUUCCCUGCACUUGGGAAGAAGAUCAGAUCAUUGUAUCUCAGGCCAAAAUUGGAGAAAAGUCCACAGAAUCCGGGAUUUCCUGGACCAUACAAGCCCCGAUUUAUUUCCGCUACAACGUGAUAGAGAGUCAGAACCUUCUAGAUCCAAGCAAUAUGACUCUACUUUAUGGCCAUGUGUCAGAUCCCGAGGAGAUGGAGGCUCUUCAGAAGAAGACACUAAAACGUUUCAUUGUCAUAGACGUGAUGGUUGAUAAACUUUAUGGCUACAAAUUACGAAAGUAUUUUGAAGCUAACAAUGUCAAGUAUCAGAUACUUCCUCUUAAAACCACAGAGGAAACCAAAUCAAUAGAACUGGUCCUGCAUAUUCUGGAAGAAGUUCACAAAUUUGGGCUUGACAGACGUACUGAGCCCAUAAUAGGAAUUGGAGGAGGAGUAUGUUUGGACAUUGUAGGCUUAGCAGCUUCUCUUUACAGACGUCGUACUCCCUACAUUCGUGUUCCAACAACACUCCUGUCAUACGUUGAUGCAAGUGUUGGAGCGAAAAAUGGAGUCAACUUCUGCAACUGCAAAAACAAGAUUGGAAGCUAUACACCUCCAGUAGCCACUUUCCUUGACAGAUCAUUUAUUCAAACUAUUCCACGACGUCAAAUUUCCAACGGUCUUGGUGAAAUUUUGAAGAUGGCGUUAAUGAAACACAAAGGGCUAUUUGAUUUGCUUGAAAGCCAUGGAAAAUAUCUCCUGGAUACAAAAUUUCAGUCGGAAAAUGGUCUUACUGGUUAUGGAGAUGCUGCAUUAAAAGUUACAAGACUUGCUAUAGAAACAAUGCUGGAGGAACUGGCGCCAAACCUUUGGGAAGAUGACCUUGAUCGGCUUGUUGACUAUGGACAUGUCAUAAGCCCAGAGCUUGAAAUGAAAGUUUUACCUGCUUUAAUGCAUGGCGAAGCAGUGAAUAUAGACAUGGCGUUUAUGACUUAUGUGUCCUAUGUAAGAGGACGGCUCAACCAAGAGGAGAAAGACCGUACAAUUAAGUGUAUGAGGGGCUUGGAACUCCCUGUAUGGCACCAAGACUGCUCACUUCAGCUCAUCAAUAAAGCCUUAAAUGAGAGACUGAAACAUAGUGGAGGACUUAUGAGACUGCCGCUACCUACAGGGCUAGGAACAGCAGAAAUCUCUAAUGAUGUAUCUGAAGAAACCAUUAAGAAAGCUUUUGAGAUGUGGGUAGAGGAAUGCUCGCAGAAGGAUCAGCCCUGAAGACAUCAAGAGUAAUUUAAGCAUGGGAGGAGCCACUGCUGGCUUCAUAAAUCAAGAUGUAUGCAGUGCACACUGUGUGUCUGAGAAAAUAGAUGCCCUUGAAAUGUAGUGAGCAUUAAACUGUCUUAGAAUAAAGUACUGUAUAGUAAUGUAAUACAGACUGUGAUAUGGGCAGUUGUAGAAGUCACACGCCUCAACCUCCAGAUAUUACAUUGCAAGCUAUAAGUAGAAAAAUUUAAUUGGCACAGAUGUAGUAUAAGCUGGCAGAGUAACAUGAAGUUUUUGUAGUAACAUUGAGGUUUUUUUUUUUUAAUGUACCAAUUGUUAUACAGUGUGUUCUGGGAUUUAGAGGUAGAUCCAGUUAACAUUUAAAAGACUUGAGUGGGAAUGACAAAGAACAGUUGUAAAUAAAUGUAUAGAUAACUAUAAAUGUAUCUUGUAAAUAGAACUAUCAUUGUUUUUGGCACUUUUUUGAACUUUUUGUCAAUAAGAUGUUUAGCACUUUGACAUUAAGUUAUAAGUCACUGUAAGUCUCUAUAUAUCCAAAAAAUAACCUCAAUGAUUUGGUAAGAAGAUGCCUAAAGAUGUUUUCUUAAAGGGAUAGUCUAGUCAAAACGUUCAUGAUUCAGAUAGGAAAGGCAAUUUAAAACAACUUUUAAAUUCACUUUUAUCAUCAAUUUUUCUUUUUUUUCUUUUGGUAUUCUUAGUUAAAAACUAAACCUAGGUAGGGUCAUAUGCUUAUUUCUUAGACCUUGAAGGCUGCCCCUUAUCUGAAUGCAUUUGACAGUUUUUCACAGCUAAAGGGUGUUAGUUCAUGUGUGCCAUAUAGAUAACAUUGUGCUCAUACCCGUGGAGUUACUUAUGAGAGGGCACUUAUUGUCUAAAUUACAAGUCAGUCAAAAGAACUGAAAUAAGGGGGCAGUCUGCAGAGGCUUAGAUAAAAGGUAAUCACAGAGCUAAAAAGUAUGUUGGUUGGUUAUGCAAAACUGGAGAAUUGGUAAUAAAGGGAUUAUCUAUCCUUUUAAACAAUAACAAUUCUGGAGUAGACUGUCCCUUUAACAAUUUUUUAUAAUUUUUUAAUCACACAUUCAUUGGGAUUUAAGACAUACCCUAUGGGUAUAGUAAAGAAAUGAUAUCUGUUUUUGAUGAAUUGCAAUGUAUAACAUAAAAGAUGAAUAUUUCCAAGGCCAUAUAAGAUUUCUGUAUCAGAGUCUAUCUAAUCUCUAGUCUACAGUCAGCACUUACAGUUCAGAUUUGAAGCAUCCCCCUACUUAAACAAAAGGGGAAUAAUGUGCUUGCCUGAAGCCCAAGCUAAUCAUUCCUUAAAAACUCACUUGUUAAUGUUUACAAAAUGGAAGUCGGGAUUUGUAGGAUUUUGCUUGAAACUUGAUGCUAGUCCAACUUUAUACAUUUAUAAUAUUUUUCCAUUUAAGACAUCAAUGAAUUAUUAUCAAUAUUUUACUUGGUAACACCCCAUCUUAUUUUGUUAAUGUUUAAAAUGACCCAUAGAAUAAAAAAAUAUCAUAUACAAAUUAUGAAAAAUAAAAAAUAUUAAAUAAAAUAAAUUAUAAACUUACAUUUUAUGAAUCUUGUUACUUCUUAAAAUAUAGUUGAAUAAUUCCUUUCAUGAUCCAGCUAAUUGUUGUUUCUAACCAGUAUAUCCUGAUAAACGAGUUUUACAUUGCAGCUUUACAAAGGAAAAUAAGUAUGUGCCAUGCUGUAAUCGAUUUGACGCAUGCUUUCAUGUUAAUUGUAGCAAUUUGCUACAGUUUCCAGUUUACAUACACUAAAAUUAUGUGUAUCCAACUCAACUAUGUUUAUAAAAACAAAAUAAUUGAAUAAAAUUAAUUACAAUUUAAAUAAAAUAAACUAAAACAUAGUGGUAGGUUCUGUUCCAGCUGAAAAUCCUAUUAACAUUUUAUCUACAACAAUCUCAUUAAAAGUUUUGUGUGAUUGUGUUUUUUGAUAAUUCUGUGAUGAACCUUACAGUUGUAAAUAGUUACCUUUUCUUCUGCUCUUUUCCAGAGGUAAACUUUAUUCCAGGUGAUAAACACAUUACAGAACUUAUCUAGAAAUAUCCCCCUACACGUGCCUUUAAUGGACUAAAAUUCUGAAAAUAAAUGUUGAUAAACUUUAAUCAGAAAUAAAAUCUACCUCCUGAUUUAUUUUGAUGAAAUGAGAAUGUGUGUGUGUGGGCAAAGAUGGUGAUAAUGUUUACAUAUAUUAAUAUUUCAAAACGCAUUUUAAUGCUAACUGUUGUUGGAUAGUUUUAAUGCUAUGUUUUAUUUAUUUUUUUUAAAAACGGUUGUGGAAAAAUAAAUUUAUAAAAAUAUGAACAA